AUGCCACACCUAAGUUAUUGUUUGAAGAUGAAGAAAUCGGACGUUUCUCUGCUGAGAUUGGUAAACUUCAAUUAUUGUGGCGUGUUCACGUUUCUUUUUCUGAAUCUCACACAACAAUGGCCUCUCUCUUUCUUCAGCUAUAAUUUUCUCUCUUUCUCUCAUGCAGCCAUUUUCUUCCAUUUUCCUUUUCUCUCAAUUUUCUUACUCUCUCUUUCUCUUAAACAUGCAUCUUUCUAUUUUUCUUUCUCUGUCAUGUUCUUUUUUUGGGGGGGGGGUUUCACCUCCACUCACCUCUUUCUCUUUCUUUCAUUUAAUCCCCCCUCUCACUCUCUGUGUUGUUCUCUUAAACACUUUUUCUCUCUUUUUAUCAUUUUGACGUUACCCCACUUUCUCCUCUACAAACUUUCUUUUUCCCCCCUCAUACACAUUCCUUUGCUGUUUCUAUCAUUUACUCUUUCUCUCUAUCCUUCUGUUACACCCUUUCUCUUAUUAUCAUUUUUCAUUUUUUUUUCUUUUCUCAUACACCCCACCUUUUAUCUCUUUCUCUUUCUAUUAUUUUCUCUUUCUCGCUUUCUCUUUCUUUCUUUUUUUUUUCUACACACACAUAUUCUUAUUUUCAUAUUCCGUGUCAUUUUGUUUACAAGAGCAUACCAUUCGAAAUCGAAAUAG